UGUGACGAGGCAGGUAUCCGUACUCAUUCACACAUAAGGCCAGGUACGGAGUACUAAUGUAUACCUUGGCUCAGCUGCCCGUGACGGGACAGGCCACACCUUGCCUUAACUACCAGUCCCCCAGAGCAUCAUCGACUUGCCGUCACCCACCAUCAUACUCUCAAGUUCAGCUGCUCCCGCCAGUCAUCCACACACUUUCCCCGGGCUCUCGGCUCUACACUCGCCAGUCCGUUUGGUUUGGAGGUUCGUAUAGAUACCAAAGCCUUCCCACCACGGGUAUUUUUGUUGCUACGCUUUUGGCAAUCCACCACUCAGGCAAUCUCAUGCCCCCGGACGUGCAAAGGCAACGAUCACGAUCACGCCCACGACCAGUAUCUCCGAUAAGCCGUUUCUCGAAGACAGCGCUAUCCUUUUACUCCCGUCUCGUUAUCGGCAGUUUCGGCCACUGAUCUCGUUUACUAUCGUUUGUUGCUCGUCAUCCCAACAGGCCGGCGUCUUCCCCGCCCUUUGUGUGCCGAACUUACGAACUAACACGACCUUGAACACUAUCGACGCCGUUCAAUAUCCCAGGCCUACCGCAAUUUCGCGAACUGCGUCCCGCGGUGAGGUUUGGCAAAGCGGACACUGACGGCCAGAAAAUUAAAAGUAGCAAGGGAUACCGGAGGCAAAGCCCAAGUGCGCACGGAGAACCCGAAUACCGUACCGCGACAAGCCUCGGCGCCAGAGCUGAACAGGCGCGUCCAGCUACCAGCCGAUUUGUGUUGUUCCAUUCCGCUCCGGACACGCCCAAGACGCAUUGAGUCAAGGGUCGAAAGGACCGAGAGGUAAACAAACCGAAGAAAGGGAGGAGCAAAACCUGUCCCUCGAGUUACGAGCCGCCGGCCACGAACUACCACGCAGAGGCGUCCUGAAACACGCAACGAUUACGGCUCUUUGACGUCAGCAAAUCGAAAAGACCACCGACACUGUGACCAAACGUUGAACAGGGCGGCGGUUUUCUCCAUCUCCUUUGCCCAUUGGAUUUGGCCAUUCGGAAGCCAACCAUCAUUCAUCCAUCCAUCCAUCCCACACGCAAGCGCGACGUUGUAUCCGGCCAUUCACUAAACAGCGGCAACGUCAAACAAAUACCCUUUUUCCUCGUUCACAAUUUCGAAACGGCCCCCAGAAAGCUGCUAGGGCAUCAGCACGGGAUACCCAUUUCGUGCCACUAGAAUACCCAUACCUCUGAUACGCUGCAUCGCAACCUACUACCGGUGAGAAGCAGACAUAAGUAAAAGUCGACGGCAUUGCAACAAUUGUAGCGUCAAAAUCAACACAUUCAGCGCUCAACAGAGGCGGAAAGGAAAAGAAAAAAAGAGAGGACAGCAAACAGACGGCCAGUCUAACAACACGGGACGGACAAAAGACU